CUCAAUGUGGUUCGAAGAGUCUCUCCACAUAGUCUCCAUUCUCUACAUAAUGUGGUUCGAAAUGGCUUUCUACUUUGUCGCCGUUCUCUAUCUAAUAUGGUUCCUAUUUAUCUUUCUUCUUUUAUGCGCCUAUUACUAUCUAGCACCGGUUAAGAGUCCAAGGAAGCAAGCAAAGCCUGCGUCAACAGAUGAGACAGGCUGUAGCUCCGGAGGAGCUAGUGCGAGUACCUUCAGAGCGACUCCUUCAAUUGCAACAAUGACCGAGGAUGAUACUGAUUUUGGGCUUUCUUGUGCUGGAGUGUACUUUGCGCACAAUUAUCCACCCAUGUUGAUGAGGAUGUCUCGGACAGAAACAGAGGAAGGAGAGCUUGGCCAUUUCAUUCGGAAAAGAAUCAGAGAUCUACUCGCCAAUGAGGAAUUCAAGGAGAGCUUAGACGGCCAACUUGCAUGCAUUGCCAUUCAUCUACAACGACCUGUUUGCGUCCGAGACUCUGAAGAGGCUGAAGUUACUGAGGGAGUGCUUGAAGAGCUUCUCCCUGUCUAUGACAGCAACAGAGUCAUCAGGACAUGGAUGAUUAGAGUAUCUGCACGACGACACUACGAGGGUUCGAUCACUCAUACUGGGACAAUCAGUGAGCUUUUUACCACAUUGUCAAAGACGAAGUCUUUCGAACAAUUCUAG